AUUUCGAGAGCGUAAUGAUACUUUUAUUUGGGGAAGGAUUUUAACGUGGUGGGAAAAUGUAAUAUAAAUCUACGUGUAAAAAUCAGAAAAAAAAAAACUGACAUCUACGACAGAAGCUUGUUUAUCAGUCUCAAAGUAUAAACUUUCUCGUCCAAGUAUAUAUCUCGUCUAACGUUGAAAACAGUUCCCGUUUUAUCGCGCAGAGUACAUUUUAACUUAUAUAAUUUCAGUGGGAAACGAGUUCGAGCGUUACGUGUUUUCCCUUCUAGGAUAAUACAAGCUCGAUGCCGGAGGCUUCAGGGUCAGACGUGGCCGACGAGUCGGAUUAUUCGAUUUUUGAGAAUAAAUCCGGCUUGGCCGAGGACAUGAAGUUUCUGGCCAGCAUGCCGGAACUGUGCGACGUGACCUUCCUCGUCGGUGACACCAAGGAGCCCAUCUGCGCUGUAAAGGCGGUUCUAGCAGCCAGAAGUAGGGUGUUUCAAAAAAUGUUUUACCAAGCACCGAGUCCGCAGCGUAAAAAGGACCCGCCGCCAAAAGAGAACAAGAUUCGAUUAUUCCUGAAGAGAAGCUCGGAACCGCUGUUGAAUAUGCAAAACGCAGCGCAACAGCCGAAUCAACAUCACACCGUGAUCAUCGAGGAGUUCGAGCCCGACGUGUUUCGUCAGUUGAUCGAGUACAUUCACACUGGAUGCGUGACGUUACAGCCUAGAACAUUACUGGGAUUGAUGAACGCCGCUGAUUAUUACGGGCUGGAACAGCUGAGGAAAGCUUGCACCGGGUUCGUACAGUGUUGCAUAACAGUGGACACUGUGUGUGCAUUAUUGGCGUCGGCCGAGCGAUAUAUCCAGUACAAAUGUACAAAAUCCUUGGUCCACAAGGUAUUCGAAUUCGUCGACGAACACGGCAACGAGGUGUUGAAUCUAGGAUCCUUCACCCUGCUCCCUCAGCACGUUGUUCGUUUGAUUCUGGCGAGAGAAGAGCUACGUGCCGACGAGUUCACCAAGUUUCAAGCAGCCCUGAUGUGGAGCAAGAAGUACUGCGACAGCAACCAAAAUCAAGACCUGAAGGAAGUGAUUGGCAAUUUCCUCGAGUACAUACAGUUCCACAAGAUCCCUGCCAACGUGUUGAUGAGAGAGGUUCAUCCCCUUGGCUUGGUGCCAUCGAGCAUCAUAGUAAACGCGUUGGCCUAUCAGGCAGACCCGACCAGUGUCGACCCCGGAAAGUUGUCUCCCCACAGAGUGAAGCACCAGGACCGUAGUCUGUCGGUGCAGUCCUCUCUGCAGGACCAGUACGGCAGCAACACGUCGUUGAGCUCGACCGGGUCUGACGAGGGGUCCGACGAGAAGCAGCAUUCAGGUAAAUACGGCAUAGCUGAGCAGGAGAUAAGGGAGCGCGAACAAUGGCCGAAGCACCGCCACUCCGAAGAGGAGGAUAUACAGCGGCUGAUCGAGCAACGGAGCCAGUAUCAGUCGAUGAGGCAGGAGGACUCGUUGCAACAGCAGCAAGACGAGCAGCUGAUCAGGAAGCAGGAGGAGGAGCUCAGGAGGCAGGAGCUGCAGGAAGAGUUCGAGAGGAGGCAGAAGGAGCUGCUGAGGAAGAAACAGCAGGAGGAGUUGAGGAGGAAGAAGGAAGAGGAAGAGUCGUCGAGGAAACAGAAGGAAGCGGAGGACGCCGCGAGAAGGCAGAAGGAGCAAGAGAUCGAUCGACAGAGGCUGGACGAAGAGAAGCGGAAAGAGGAAGGCGAACGACCUUUGGAGCGACGAGAAACGCAGAUGGAAACGCAGAACGAAGAGGACAAAGAGCCGGCAGAGUCGAUUCCUUCUUCGAAAGGACAGGAAGAAAAGUCGCAGCAGCCGCUGGAAGAAGAGAAACGAACAGAACAAAAAGAAGAAGAAGAAGAAGAGAAGCAGAAGUCGGAAACGGCGGAGUUGAAACGGCGGAAGGAGGAGGAACAACGAAGGAUUCGCGAGAAGAGAAAGUUGCAGCUGCCGCUGGAAGAGCUGAAGAGCGAAUGGGCGUUGCGGCAGGAUCUGCUGUUGCAAAAGCAGGAAGAAUCGCUGGAACGACAGAUCGAGGAAAUGAACCGCGAAGAGCAGUGGGAGAGCAGUCGGCAAUUCCAGCAAACGCAGGUGUACCUGGAGGGUCGGAAACCCUCGGACGAGACGGAGAAGAGGUCGGAGGAAGGCAAGCAACGACAGACAACCGAACGAAAGAAAGUGAAACAGAGGAGGAGGGAAGAAAGGGUGGAGAUCAGGGUACACGGGGCGGAAUCGCCUAAACAGGAACAGCAGUCUGCAGAUGGCGUGACUGGUUUCUACAUAAAGUUAGUGGUGAGGCAGGAAGGCAGGCCGAAUUUAGUUUGGCUGUUCAAAACUCACAUAUUCUGA